GUUAUCAUAGUGGAAGGAAUAUUGAACUCAAAGGGGAAUUCAGGGUCUAACGCCACGUGAGGUGCGCGGGAGUCGUGUAAAAAGUUGAGAUACCGGAUGGCUGCGCGCUACCGCAUCUCUUUAUUCAGCUGCGCUGCUGUGAACCGCGAGAGCGGGAUGUGGUAUUCAUCCCUUACUUCGCCCCAACGUCGAAUAUCCACCGGUGUCUUUGAUCACCCACCAUUCUCACACCGACAACAACACACCUAUAAUACGCUUCCUUUGCAUGAUGCAAACCGCUUUGGGGGACGAACGGCGUACUUUAGAGAAAUCGGUCCAUUUGAUCAUAAGAGAAAGGGUCGACUCUUCAAGCGGGACCUGCGAACACUCCAAUACAAUGUCGAUACCUGGUGUGCUCAAAGUACCUUACGGAAGAAAUGGAAAGGCAGGGAUUGGGAAGUAGUCGAGUUACCUUUCAACUUAGCGCCAACUGAACUUCAGCGUGUCAUUCCUGAACAGUACACCGAUGUUCCGCAAAUGACGCAGCCCGCUGUGGGUGAUUACAGCAACAUUCGCAGUAAGGUUUAUGAUCGUGAGGAACUGCAAGAUGUUUUAUUUGGAGGAAAAGCCCACCCAUAUCCUAGAAUUGUCCGAGUGAAGGAUGACAAUGAUAAAGCGAGUUUAGCACUAAAUAAGUUUCUCUAAACUGUGAAUUUGAAUCUAUCUUUAUCUAUUGCAUAUCUAUGUGGCGAUACUGUUUCUGUGUGCUUUGUUUAUGGUAAUGCAGUCCAAGUGUUGACACCUUUCAGGCCAGCAAUAUCAUGAGGUAUGUAAUAUCAUAUAUACAUUAUUAUCUGUCGAUAUUCAGAUGGGUCCGGGCAGACUGGGGGCAGGACAAAAAG